CACAAUCGCUUUUCUUCCCGCCGACAUAGAGUCAGAAACAGCACUUCGAUCUCAUUGAGGUUACCGAAGACACUGAGCACUGCUUGAUUCAUGCUCUGAAUGCUCUUCAGGCCACAAUCGCGCCAAUUCUCUGCUCUAGCAAGUCUACAGAAAUUCCAAGUUCAAGUGCGGAAGAGGACCCCAAUCAUGGCGACCGACUACAAGACCUCCAAGGGUCAAGUCUUCGACAGAGAUACAUUCGAGUCCUGGAACAAGCGCAAGAAUUUCUACUGGCAAUCGUUUGAGCCAUAUGGUGCCACGAAAGGUCUGUUCGAUUAUGGCGUCGCUGAGCCUCUCGAAUAUGAAAUUCUCAACAUCUGGAGAGAUCACUUCAUUCGCAGCGAGAAGAUGAUCUCACUCAAGACUUCCAUGCUCACUCCAUACAAGGUGCUCAAGACAUCCGGCCACGUCGACAAGUUUGCAGACUUCAUGUGCAAGGAUCCCAAGAGUGGUGAAAUCCUGCGAACAGACCACUUGAUCAAGGAUGUCAUUGAAACGCGCCUGAAGGGGGACCGAGAGGCCCGUGGCGAGAAAGUUGAAGAAGUGGAUGAUCCCAAGAAAAAGAAGAAGGCCUCCAAGGUUGCAAAGACCGCUGUGAAGCUCGAUGAUGCGGUAAUUAAGGAGUACGAGCAUCUCCUUGCCACACUUGAUGAUUGCCAACAGGCAGACUUUGCCAACAUUAUCAAGAAACACGAUAUCCGCAAUCCCACUACUGGCAACGAGGUUGAGCCUCCCGUGCCUGUAAACUUGAUGUUCUCCACUGAGAUUGGUGCAUCUGGCAAAGAGCCUGCAUUCCUGCGUCCCGAGACCGCUCAAGCGCAAUUUCUGGCAUUUCCAAAACUCGUCGAAAUGACUGGUGGCCGCCUGCCAUUUGCAUCCGCAUGCAUCGGAUACUCCUUCCGUAACGAGCUUUCGCCACGUUCUGGUCUUUUGCGGGUUCGAGAAUUCUUGAUGGCAGAAAUCGAGCACUUUGUCGAUCCUGAAGGUGGCAAGAAGCACCCCAAGUUCAGUCGUGUCCGUGAUGUCAAGCUUCCACUGCUUGCUCGGGAUGUACAACAGUCCGGCGGCUCCACGCCUACUGAGAUGACUGUUGGUGAAGCGGUGGAGAAGAAGGUCAUCGAUAACGAGACACUCGGUUACUUUCUCGUGCGAAUCAUGCAGUUCAUGCAGAAGAUUGGCAUUGACAUGAACAAGCUGCGCUUUAGACAACACAUGGAGAACGAGAUGGCCCACUACGCUGCCGACUGCUGGGACUGUGAGCUUCUCAACUCAUAUGGCUGGACUGAGUGUGUCGGCUGCGCUGAUCGUAGUGCAUUUGACUUGAGUGUGCACCAGAAGGCCACUGGAGCCAAGUUACAGAUUCAGGAAGAGUUACCGGAGCCUGUAAAGUCCACUGAGUGGGUGGCCCAAUUGAACAAGAAGACUUCUGGCCCUAUUUUCAAGAAGGAUGCUGGCAAGGUGCAGUCUGCACUGGACGCACUGUCGCAGGAGCUGAGGGAGAAACUCAGUAUCAGCCUGAAGGAAGCUGGUAAAGUGGAGGUUGAUGUUCCUGAAAUGGGCAAAAAGGUUGAACUGGGCAACGAUCUCGUCAAGAUCGAACAAGAAACAACAACCAAGACCACACGCGAGUUUGUGCCCAACGUGAUCGAGCCAUCAUUUGGUAUCGGCCGCAUACUGUACAGCUUGCUCGAGCACGUGUGGUGGACGCGUGAAGGAGACGCUGCUCGUGCUGUCAUGUCCUUCAAGCCAUCUGUUGCUCCCACCAAAGUACUUGUCGUUCCACUGCAAAAGGACGCACGCCUCACCCCAACCGUGCAAGCGCUCGAAGAGCGCCUCGACGAAGAAGCCAUCUCGUACGAACUCGAUCAGAGCGGUGUCAGUAUUGGCAAGCGCUACUCGCGCAACGACGAGGCCGGCAUACCAUUCGGAAUCACUGUUGAUUAUGAGAGUCUGGACGACAAGACCUUUACGCUGCGAGACCGUGACUCCACGAAGCAAGUUCGCGCCAGCUUGGACGAUCUCGUUGAUGCUAUUCACAAGAUGAUCAAGGGUAAAGAGACGUGGGCUGAUGUACAGAAGCGUUUGCCUGCAGUGGAGAGCAAGGAAGAGGACAAGGAGUAAGAUGCUCCGUUGACAGGUAUGCUCUGCUGGGGAGGAUUACUGUGGUGGGAACGAUACCAGGCGAGACACUGUACGAGAAAAGAGAGCUCCAUAGAGAAAACGAAAACCAUCAUGGCACAAUAUUGGCGUCGCCUCGCCAUCAGAGGGAGUACCAAAGGCCUCAAGUUAGUAGAAAGCGAAAUGCUUCAUCACGACGCUCAUGUCACACAGCAUGCCGAUUCUCAGAUCUGCGCGAGCGAGAUUGCAACCCGAAGUCUUACAGUGCUGCAAUGUGAUGAGGAGAGACAAUCGACGACGUGUUGUUUGGUCAGAGGUACCUACGUGCAAUGUCUGAUCCAGAGCAGCCUGGUUCCAAGCAGGUGGUGGCAUCGAGUCAUCAUUAUUAUGACAGCACAGCAUGAUGAUUUCCCAGUCCAUACAGCACAUGUAAACGUAGGUAGGUAUGUAGGGUGUUUCAGGAGUUCGCAGCAAUGCGGC